AUGGCUGGUACACAGUCGGCUGCGCCAACGCAGCCCUCGUCGCCCACACGCCGAGCUUCACCACCGGGCAUAGAGAACCCAAAUCCAAUAGCAUCCACCUCGGCGCAUACGCUCGAUAGCACUCCAGUUUCGGCAGCUCCUAUUUCCAUCUCAGUGCCCGAGGGCAGUGGGAUGAGUGCAGAUGCUGCCUCUGCGAUUGAUCAGGCUCAAAUGCCGAAUCUGGUCAGCAGCCCUUCCAUGAGCCUCCCAAUUGCAUCAAAUACAGAUGCCUCAAUACCUCCAUCUAUGCCAGCAUCACUGCAGGCAGCAGCUGCUGGGCUCAACGAGGAAGACGCAAAGCUUCUGGCGUCGCUAGCAGAGGGCAACGGUCUCUUGUCACAUCUUUCCAAUCUCGCUGCUCAAAAUGCGAGUUCGGAUCAACUCAUCAAUGCGUACGACGGUCUUAUGCUUGACCCUUCCUCUGCCGCACUUGCGUCCGUCGACCCCGCCUUUGACGCUGCACAGCAGGCCUUCCAGAGUGCUGUCGAUCUCAAUGAGGCACUCACACAUCAGGACAUGAACUGGGAUGACGAAGCUUUCGACGACCUUGAACCCGAAGAUGAGGACCAGGACCAAGGUCCUAUCCAAGCCUAUGCCAAGCUCGAGUUUCCAGGCUUUUCUUACUACAUACAGACCCUCGAUGUCACCAUAGGACGUCGACCUGGCCAAUUACAGCCCAAUCAGCCUGCAGGCGCGCAGCCGCCACAACUGCCCAACGCCGCUUCGGGUCUCUUGCAGGCGCACAUCACCUCCGAGUCCAAGACCGAAGGCGACGUUGACGUCGACCUUGGUCCUCUCAAAUCAAUCUCGAGGCUGCACGCACGGAUUUUCUACUAUACCGGCCCCAUCCAUCCUCCCAAUUCGGUCUUUCUUAAUGGCACUCCAACGCACAGUCGCGUCUCGAGCGGCAAUGGCGCUGCACCUUAUCGCAUCACAUCACCCACCGCCCUCAACCGUGUCAACGGCUCGCAUCUAUCUGACGUGGACGCGACCGCUCAGGACCCCUACAGUUUGGCAUCGCACAGCGGUGUAGGACCAGGCAUAGAUCCGGAUCAAGGCGAAGGUCAGUUCGUACUGAUGGUCGUCGGCCGCAAUGGAGCUUUCGUCGACGAUGUCUGGGUUGAAAGGGGAGGCAUCGUUGUGCUUGGCAAACGCACCAAGAUCCAGAUCGCAGAACGUGUAUUCUACUUUGUGCUCCCACCGCCUCCCGGUGAAGCCGCCUACAGCGUCGACGGCGACAGUCAGCGAGCACACCAUUCCGAGUCCGACUCGCUUUCCGAUCUCAGCAGUGAAGGUCAAGCAGAAGACGACGACAAUGACCAAGAGGAUCAUGACGAUAAACAGAAUGCUGGAGAGGAACCACACAGCUCUGCUAGUUCGGUUUCGAGCGAUCAAGAUGGCGAUGACGCUUAUGACGACAACGAGCUAGUCAGCUACGAUACGACGCAAGCUGCCAGCGCCACUAUCGCCGGCCGUAGAAGAUCAUCAGUAGCUGCUGGUAGGGGCAAACUUGAUCCACCCAAACGAAGGCUCGUGCUCAAGCCAAAGUCCAAAGUAGGCAAAGCGGUCACUGCACAUGAGUCUGCCUUUGACGAGUCUACGGAAGUCUUCCAGGAUGAAGCUAAGGGCAGAGCACAGAGCAAAGCAAAGAUUUCUGCCAAGACGACCGCGGCUGCCCUCGCCAACAGAGCGGCAGGCAAGGGUAAGGGCAAGGGCAAGGGUAAAGGAGCAGGUCGUGGAAAGAUGCCCACCAAAGGUCCCCUACCUCAAACUCGCCCUGAUGGGGAGGACAGCGACAGUCUCGGCACCCCUAGCGUCGGGGAACAGAGUAGCGACGGCGAACAGACCAUUCCGCGGCCACCUAGCAAUGCUCAUGCAGGCGUAUCUGGAAAGCACCCAGCAAAAGGUGCCAAGGGUCAGAAGAGCACUAAGAGUGCCAAAGCUGGCAAGGCAAAGAUUGCGAAAGAGACGGCACAGCCUUCAGGAAGUGAAGGAGCAGACACAACUGCCGUCAAGAAGGGCUCGCCUACACCUACUUGGGCCUUGGGCGCAGGCAUUGCUGGGCGCAAGAGGAAGAGAGGUGAACCAGUCACCAACGAGGAGCCUACACUCAAGGUGGGCACCCCCAUUGGCAUUGAAGCUCUCGAUGCGGCCAAACGUGCCAAAGCCGCCAAGGCUCGGGCCGAUGCUACUUCCCGCCCCGCAUCCACCAGUCCCAAGAAGGGAAAGGCUGUCGCCGAUGUGCCAGCCGCUACGACAGCUACUGAGAAGCCGACUGUCUCAAUGCCUGCUGCCGUCACAGAUGCUGGAGCAGCAGAAGCAGACGAUGAUCUGAUCAUGGUCGAUGUCAAGCCCGCGACACCACAGCCGGCCACGUCCGCAGCGACAUCAUCCUCUAAGGUAGAUCCUACAAUGGCACCUUCAAAGGCGACGGCAGUGCCGACUGCUUCUGAUUCCAUAUCAGCCAUUGCUCCUGCACCGACAGCCACACCGGCUUUGACCGCCACAUCAGUCGCAACUGCCGCCACUGCAGCCCCUUCUGACACAGUCCAGAAAGGUGACGACAAAGCCGUGCCUGCUUCGGCCACCUCAGCCAAAGCGAAGCCCGCAAAGCCAAAAACCAAGAAGAAGAAGGGUGCAGCAGCAGAAGAUCAGCCCACACCAUCUGGUGCGGCCAGCUCGUCGAUGCCGAUGGGAUCUUUCCCGAGAGCGUACAGCAGCCAAACAUUGCCUCCGGCACCCGGACCCAUCGAUCCUAGUUCAGUUUCGGCAGCUUCAGCCAUCAUUGCUGCUGCCAGUGCUGUCUCUGGCUCCAUGCCGGGAUAUGGGUUGCCUCCAGCCCCGCCUUUGCCAUACACUGUGGGACAGAUGCCGUCUUCGUUGCCCUUGAUUCCUUCAGUCGCUUCUGGGCGUGGCGGGUCGGGCGGGUCGGGCGUAGCGGGCGCCAACACCACUCCAUAUGCGUCCAUAUCGACGUCUACCACAACGCCCCUGCCCGCUCCUCCCACUUCAACGCCUGCACCGUCUCCGACCGCUGCUUCAGGCUCGGAUCCGUCCACAUACCCCACAACGGCUAGCAUCAUUGCGUCAGCAGCCAGUCUUGCCAAUGCAAAAGCCAAGGAGAGUCAAAAGGCAGCCGCAAGCGCAUCUGAUGGUUCUGCGUCUAGCAUUACGACUCCUGCACCAAUCCAAAGUGCGACACCAACGCUAGCCGCACCCAUUGCCAAGCCACCACCAGGACCCGAAGACAAGCCAGAUCUGUCCAACGUUGAGCUCAUCUCGCAAGCACUCCGUUCGGAUCUUUGUGCCAAGAGGGGGGGCAAGCUUACGCUCCAAGACGUGUAUGAGUGGAUUGCUAACCGAUGGAUCUGGUUCAAACGCAACGGCAGGCACACUGGUCGAGACUGGCAGAGCUCCGUCCGUUACGCCAUCAGCUCAUCACGCUGCUUUACCCGCAUUCCACGUAGGCCUGGCGAUCCUGGUAAAGGCAUUUUUUACACCAUGUCGGACUCCAAGCUGGCAGAGCAACACCGUGUCAACCUUGCCAAGCAGAAAGAAGAGGCGGCUAAAGCUGCUUCGGCUGCUCCAACAGCCGUGGUUAGUAACGGAGGAGCUGCUGGUAAAUCUGAUUCUGGUAGCGCACCCGCAACACCGGUUCCGUUGACACCAGGCACCGUUGCUGGGAUCGCUGGUGCAACAGCGGCACCAAUCAAUCCAACAUCUGCGGCACGAGCGGCGAAAGCAGCAGGAGCAGAAGGAACAGCAGGAACAGCAGGAGCAGCAGGAGCAUCAGCGGCUGCUGGAACCCCUGGCUCGUUGCCGGCUAUCCGCAUUCCGCUCAUCAUAGGUACGCCACCGUCUUCGGCUGUUGCUGCUACGUCUGAAAAGCCAAAAGCUGCUCCUGGCACUAUUGAAUCGCUUCUCGAGACACCCCCCAUCGUGCAUCACGAUGGCAAGCUCUACCUCAGUCCUCAAGUGUUCGGCCAUCUGAAUGCAGGACAGUUGGCGCAGAUCGAAGGUUUGGGAGCUCAGCAGGCUCUUCAGGUGCUACAAGCGUAUCUCGUCACUCAUCUGAAGGAGCGCAUGAGGCAGCAGCAGAUGGCAGCACAGAAGAAGGAUACCAAUUCUGCACCUGCCAAAGCCUCGCCCAAUGUAACGGCGGCAAAUGGCAAACCAACGGUUGCGACUUCCAAGUCUGUUUCCGCUUCCUCCCCGGUUCCAGAUGCUUCCUUGUCCAACGUCCAGGCCGGCAUUGCAGCAAAUGGCACGGCGUCGCCUGUCAAGCCAGCUAUGCCGGCCAACUCUGCGGGUACAACCACUGCGGCUGUGCCGGUGACAACAUCGCUGACCAACGCUCCCGGAUCUGCCGUGUCUCUUCAAUCAACGGCGAUGCUAUCCAAGCCGGUGCUACCUGAGCCGAACAAGCCAUCAAUUUCGACCAGCUCUCAGAAUGCAGUUGUCGGCGCCAACGCCAAAGCGUUAAGCACAGAACCAUUUGCUACGACGCCAACUCCAAGCGCCAAAUCUGCACCAGUAGCCGACUCGUUAGCAGCCGGUUCUCUAGGAGCGACAUCAUCUUCUGCACCAUCCAUCGCUACGGCCAAGACGUCUGUGCUGCCAAGCACACCACUCCGAACUUCUGUGCCGGUUGAAUCUGCCGCAGCCGAGAUUGUCCCGCCAAUCUCGGCCACAGCUUCCGCCCCUGCUACAAGUCACAGCGCCUCACCAACAAAGCCAAGUGUGACCGUGCCAGCCGUCUCAUCAACCACGACGCAGAAAGUAGCCUCGACUGUUAAGCCAAUGACGCCAGACCCACCGGCAUCUGUCAGCACUGCUGGCAGUGGUGCUAGCAAGUCAGUCUCGAGCGGCGCUGCACCAGCUCCUGCUGCAGCCGGGACCAGCUCUACGUUGGGAUCUUCUUCGGUUUCUAGCACGCCAGCUCCUGUUGCUGGCUCUGGCUCUGGCUCGACAGGAACCGACAGCGACGACCCGCUCUCGGCGCUCUCGGCGCUUGCUGCACACCCAGAAGCAGCGGCGCUGAUUGCGCUGUUACGCAAACAGCAAGAGAAUGGCGCCAGCGGAGGCAAGCAGCUAGCCAGGCUCACGCCCGGACAGUUGCAGCUGCUCCAGAUGGCCAACAAGCUCGCAGCACAGCAAGGGAAGAAGGGCACGAGUGGAAAGAAGAAGAAAAAAACUGGAAGUGGAAGUGGAAUUGGAAUUGGAACUGGAUCUGGCACUGGCGCUCGAGAAGGCACUGCGACGCCUGGGCCGAGCGGACAGGAGUCGUCGCCGGCGCCUGUAGGGCCGAGCCCAUCACCGGGCCCCAAAGCUGGCUGA